AUACAACACACUCCCAAAUAAUUCUCUCGUACCAAUUUGCCCAUUUCUCACAAUUUUCAUCCUUAAACAUUAGUAUCAUCAUCACCUUAACCUAGCUAGCUAUUUAGAGCAACUUAUAUAUAUAUAUAAAACAAUGAAGCUUGAGGUACAAGUUAUUUACGAAGAGAGAAUCAAACCCUCGUCUCCAACCCCAGAUGAGCUCCGCCGUUACCAGCUCUCUUUCCUGGACCAAAUUGCCCCUCCAGUUUACAUGCCGCUGGUUCUCUUCUUCCCCAAACGCCCAGAUUGUGAUCUCACCAGGGAACAACGCUGCAACCGUGUCAAGCAUUCCUUAUCCAAGGCCUUAACCCUUUACUAUCCACUAGCUGGUAAAGUCAACGAAGCUGAGCUCUGCGUUGACUGUCACGACGAAGGAGCUUACUUCGUCGAGGCCGAGGCAAACUGCCACCUUUUUCAGAUUCUCGAAAACCCUGAUCCAAACGAGAUGGAGAUGUUUCUAGCUGUGGAGGUAGCCGACGACAGAGUCAACGAGCUUCCCAUCGGAGUCAAAGUCACGUUCUUCGCCUGCGACGGCAUGGCCAUCAGUCUCUGCCUCAACCACAAACUCGGCGACGCCUUGUCGUUUAUCAUGUUCCUCAACGCAUGGUCGGCCCUCGCUAGAAACCAAAACGACGACGUUUGCACAACCCCUCCUCCCUUGAGCUCCGCCGAGCUUUUCCCGCCGAAAGAGCUGGCUGGCUACGCCUCCAAACACGGUAUUAUGAAGAACAAUAUCGUGACAAAGAGGUUUGUGUUCCAAGCCGAUAAGAUCUUGGAGCUGAGAGACAAGUACGCCGACAAGAGCAGCGUCGAGUUCACACGUAGGCCCACACGUGUGGAAGCCUUGUCCUCUUUCAUUUGGCGGCGGUUGAUGAUAUCCACUCGACCGAAAGACCAAACUGACGAUAACAGAGUGUUCACUGUUCUUCAUGCUAUCAACCUCCGUACUAGGGUUGACCCACCGUUGCCGGAGAACUAUUUCGGUAACAUAAGCAGAAUAGCGAUAUCGGUGCCGCCGUUGGAGCCGAACAAGGACGGGAACUACACCAUAGUGAGCCACGUUAGGAAUUCGAUCAAACAGAUUGAUGCCCAGUUCGUUAAGAAGCUUCAGAAAGAAGAUGAUCACUUGAGUUUCUUGAAAAAAAGACUGGCCGAUUUCAAGAGCGGUCAAGUUGUUUCGUUUAGCUUCACCAGUCUUUGUAGGUUUCCGAUAUACGAGGCCGAUUUCGGGUGGGGAAAACCCGCUUACGUCGGGUCGGCUAGAUUGUCUUACAAGAAUUUGGUGGCUUUCUUUGAUACAAAGUCCGGUGAUGGAAUUGAGGCUUGGGUUAACUUGUUGAGUGAGGACAUGGCUAAGUUCGAAGCUGACCCGGAGAUCCUUGCUUAUGUUUCGCCAAAUCCAAUCCUUAACAAAGCAAAUAUUUGAUUAAUUAAAGGGAUGCAUGUUUUGAUAUAUUUAAUUGUUAUUAUUAUACAUGUGUGGUUAAUCUACGGUUUUUAAUUUCUUUACGUGAUGUUUAUCAUAAUUAUUAUUAUGCAAUAAGUUUGUCAUCGUGAAUUGUGAAUUAAUUGGCAUAAGAUGUUUCAUAGC